AUGUCGGAGGACCGCCCGCGCUACUUCCCCCUGACUGUCAUGGCCUUAACCCUCAGGACUCCCCCCACAGUACAACCCCCGGGGGGCUGGGGGGGCAGCCGCGACUUGGCCUUCUCACCCCGAGCCCUGCGUCCGCAGGUGCUGAAGAUCCUGCUGCACACAUGCGCCCAGGGCUCCCCCCAGUUCGUCCUGCAGCUCAAGAGGAAUGCCUGCUUCAUCCGGGAGGCAGCAGUGUUCGCUGGGCCCCCAGACCCCCUCCACGGCAACAGCUUGAACCAGAAGGUCCGGGCGGCCGCGCAGGACUUGGCCAGCAUUCUCUUUUCGGAUGCGCCGCUCCCCCAGCCUGCCGCGCUGCCUGCCCGUCCCCUGCCCCCUGUGGGCAUGGGCUCCAGCCCCAGCCCCUGCGGCUCCUUGCAAGGAUUUGGCUUCAGCAGUGAAAAAAGCGGCUCCGCUUCGACAGGGGAAGCCCUGCUCAGCACCAUCCAGCGAGCGGCCGAAGCGGUGGCCCACGCUGUGCUCCCCUUGCCGGAGGGGCCCCCGCCUCGGCCCCGGCCUCGCCGCAGGACGCUCCACGAGGACGCCUACCAGCCCGUCAGGGCCCCCUCACCUGCCAGGAGCCCGGCCGGGGCCGUGAAGCCACCAGCGGUCGCCGCAGCGCACAGCACCCGAGUGAGUCACCGGCCGGGGCUGGCCGGGGGCGGCUGGGAGGAGGCGGACAGCGGGCACAGUUCCCAGGACUCCUCGCAAGGGAACGGCGAGUUGAGCCGCACCUCGGACUCCUGCAGCAAAUCGGGCAGCGACAGCCACUCCGGGGCCAGCCGGGAGCUGACCCACAUGGCCGAGAGGGUGGACGCUGACAGCCCGGGCGACUGCGUGCGGGAGGUGAGCCUGGUGUCGGUGCUGACCCGCGGCGCCAGGGUCUUCCUCACCAGGGAGGAAGCACAGCACUUCAUCAAGGAGUGCGGGCUGCUGAACUGCGAGGUGGUGCUGGAGCUGCUCAGCCGGGCGCUGGAGGACCCCAAUGACAGCGUCCGCAUGAGAUCCAUGUGCGCCAUCUCCUCCCUCAUGUGCUCUGACCUGCUCGCCCUGGACCAGAUCUUUGCCGUGACUCGGCAGCACCUGCAGCAGCUCAGCCAAGGCAGCCCCGGCCCCGUCGCCAACCGAGCAACAAAGAUCCUGCGGCAGUUCGAGGCUCUCUGCAGAGGCCAGCCCUCCCCGAAGAGCACGCGCCCGGACUCGGAGCCCUCUGCCCUUGCCGUGUGCUCAGCCCCGGGCACCGGGGACCUGCUGACGGACAUUCUGCCCCUGGCAGGCGAGAGCAUCCUCACCCCCCUGAGCGCAGCCCCGCUCCCCGUGGCCCCGCCGGCCUGCGGCGAGGAGCGGAGGGUGGAAGCGGAGAUCCACGGGCAUCCCGGUGCCGCCCUGCCGGCCUGCCCCUGCGAGCAGGAGGCGGCGAGCAGGCUGGCAGGGGACACGGCGAGUGCUGCUGCGCCCUCCCGCAGCCUGUCCCUCUUCGCCGGCAUGGAGCUGGUGGCCCGUCCCGGGGCCUGGGUGUCCUGGGCCUGGGUGUCCUGGGCCUGGACUCUGGGCCUGAGCCCUGUUUUCCUGGUGUGA